AUGCCCCGUCACAAUCGCCCGUCAGUAACCCAAGCACGCAACCAAACCAAUCAAACAGGAAAGGGCUCUCGUUACGCACCGCUGGAUCGAGAAACUUCCCUGAAAAUGUCUGCCGCCUGGGUGGAGUGGAUUAAGGGGGGCCAAAAGAUAAAGGCCAGAGAUGAGAAGCGCAUACACGAGGCGUUCGGCCUAGUGGCUGACAAAAAUCGCACGGAUCCAUAUACCAACACUUUGCAGCAGGCUCAUGCCAUCGGUGGUGAGGAGCUCACCGCGAUUAUUGCCCUUGCCAUCGGCAAGUCAGCCCAUAGGGAAAUGAAGAAGACAUGGAGGAAGGAGCUUCCAGCGAUCCUAGCGCAGCGAAAAUGGCAUCUGUCCACCCAUAUCAGAAAAUACGUUCAUAAUCUUAAGGGUCGACUGACUCCAGCAGAUGAUGACCAUUCCAGCCACUUCAGCGAAACUGCCUCAGCAGGUACAGCGACAAGCAAAUCCCCUAACGAACCCGACACACUGUUAGCGACUGACCCGACACCUUCGCAACGGACGGCCGUCUCCUUGACGCCCCAGUCGCAAUAUCAGACGGAGCUUACCGGGAGCGUAUAUGAGCUUACCCCGGACGAUCUCCUGGAGCUCUCAACUGGGCUCAUCACCAAAAAGCUCAGCUGCCCAGGACCUCUCUUGCUGACAGAACCAUUUCACCCGCUAGCAAAUCCAUUCCUCACUAUCCCCAUCACCAAUCAACUCUGCCUCUACUUCCGCAGUCAACGCAAACAGGUUAUGUAG